AGUUUUGCGUCACAGCGCGAUGGCGGCGCCGGGGCUGUCCAAGGCCGAGUACCUGCGGCGGUACCUGAGCGGCCCCGCCGAGCCCGCCCAGCCCCGCCGCCGCCGCAAGAAGAAGCCACCGGGCGGCACCGGCAGAGGCGGGAUGCGGAUCGUGGAUGACGAUGUGAGCUGGAACAGCAUCGCCGCCGCCCCGGACAAGGAGGAGGAGGAGGAGGAUGAAGGGGACAUGCCUGUGGUGGCAGAGUUCAUUGAUGAGCGCCCCGAGGAGGUGAAGCUCAUGGAGGAAUUCCGAACAAACUCCAAAUGGAAGCUCCUGGGAGAUGAGGACUCGCAGAGUUCAGAUGUUUCGGGAUCCGCCAAGUCUGCCACGAGGCGGCGGCGCCACGACUCCCCAGAGCCCUCAGCCCCAGCAGGGAAACACAACGGCUCCUUGGGGCCCUCUGCUCCCAGGCGGCAGCGGCACGACAGCCCAGAUCCGUCACCUCCCCGGAGACAGAGACACGACAGCCCUGAUGUGUCACCUCCCAGGAGACAGAGACACGACACCCCAGAUCCGUCACCUCCCCGGAGACAGAGACACGACACCCCUGAUGUGUCACCUCCCAGGAGACAGCGACAUGACACCCCUGACCCGUCCCCUCCCAGGAGACAGAGACAUGACACCCCAGAUCCGUCCCCUCCCAGGAGACAGAGACAUGACACCCCUGAUGUGUCACCUCCCAGGAGACAGCGACAUGACACCCCUGACCCUUCCCCUCCUAGGAGACGGCGUCAUGACACGCCAGACUUGUCACCUCCCAAAAAGCAGCGUCGUGACACCCCAGAUCUGUCACCUCCCCGGCGGCGACAGCGUCACGAUACCCCUGACCCAUCCCCUCCCAGGCGACAGCGUCAUGACACACCAGACUUGUCCCCUCCCAGGAGACAACGACACGACACGCCAGACUCGUCACCUCCCAGGAGACGACGUCCUGGCAGCCCAGAACUGUCACCUCCCCGGCGGCGGCAGCGUCAUGACACCCCUGACCUGUCCCCUCCCAGGAGACAGCGACAUGACACCCCUGACCCGUCCCCUCCCCGGAGACAGCGACAUGACACCCCAGACCUGUCCCCUCCCAGGAGACACCGUCAGGAUUUGUCACCUCGCAGAGAGAAGCCGGGGUCCCCGAGUGGGAAGAAGAGCCGAACAAAAGGACGGGCUUCUCCCACCCAGAGGGACCAGCAGAGGUCACGGAGCCCCCCGGAGCACUCCCCCCACCACCGGGAUGCCAGGGGCUCUCCCAAGAAGGCUAGCACGAUGUCAUCCGGGGCCAAAGCGGGCCUGGUGUCGGCCGACGUGCUGCAGAGGGAGAAGCAGGAGCUGCGGAAGCACGAGAGGAGCACCAGGCACCUGGAAGAGGAAUCCCGGAACGCUCAGACCGUGUUCCGAGACAAGUCCGGCCGCAAGAGGAACCUGGCCCAGGAGCAGCUGGAGCAGAGGCUGAAGGCUGAGGCAGAGGCCAAGAGAGAAGAGCAAUAUGCCAAGUGGGGAAAAGGGCUGGCCCAGGAGAGGCAGCAGCAGCAGAAUGUGGAGGAUGCAGUCAAGGAGAUGCAGAAGCCCUUGGCCCGUUAUAUCGAUGACCAGGACCUGGACCGAAUGCUGAGGGAGCAGGAGAGGGAAGGAGACCCCAUGGCUGCUCUCAUCAAGAAGAGGAAGGCCAAGGAGAACAAGGAGAAAGAAAAACCCAGGUACAAGGGACCAGCACCUCCACUCAACAGGUUCAACAUCUGGCCCGGGCAUCGCUGGGACGGUGUGGACAGGUCCAACGGGUUCGAGCAGCAGCGCUUCGCCCGCAUUGCCAACAAGAAGGCAGUGCAGGAGCUGGCCUACAAGUGGAGCGUGGAGGACAUGUAGGGAGAGCUCCUGCAGUGCCCCACAGGCACCACCUGCUGCCACAGCCCUGAGGAAUGGCCUGCUGUCCCCGCAACAAGCCCUGUGCUCGGCAUUCAGCAGCCCACUGGGCCAUCUUCUGAGAGGCAAGGCUGGAUCUCCCUGGCAGCCAGAGCCUCCAGCUCCAUGGGGAGGACACUGGUUUCUUGUUUGUUUUCUAACAAACCUCUGUUCUAUGCCAAAUGACUUCUGAGGGCAGUUCCCAAGUCUUCAGGUGUCCUAAAUCUCAGGUGAAAAUCUGAACGCUUGGGCUUGGGAGAGUUACCCUCAUGCCUUGGGUCAGUCUGCUCCAGAACUCAGGUUAAGUGGAACUUCUGAACUUUUGUCAAGUUUAUGCAGUUAUUUUGCCAUGUGGAUCCCAGAGUCACCUACAUGCAGGAAAGUUCAAACUCAGCUUCUCCUGACCCUGUCCAAGCAGGAAACUGAUUGGGAAUGCUCUGGCACUGGAAGAGGGACCUGCAGUGCUGCACUGGGCUGCAAGAUCUUCAGGAGCCUCUGCAAUUCUGCAGGGCUCCAUUUCUAGUGGAAGUAAAUGUGUGGAGAAUUAGGACUUAAGGCCUGGAAUUGCUUCCCUCACAGUUUGGAGCAGCUGCUCCCCCCCAGACCCCUCUGGAUUUGGGGCUGAUCUCAGCACUUGGCUCACUCUGGUGGGAGGUGUAACAACCCUCUCCUGUGAUCAGAUUUGUCAGUCUCGGAGCUUCCCUUAAUCCCUGUGUGCCAGAAAGCACUUGUGGAAAUAAAUAAAUAAAUACAGUUGUUCUUGCUGAGGUCCCAGGCAGCAGGGAUGAAUGCAGGCAGCAGUUUCCAUGGAGAUGCCUUGGCUGCAGCAGAGGGCAGGGCAGGGCAGGAUCGCUGUUUCCAGGGAUUCUCCAGCACUGGGAGGGCCGUGGGUGGGAGGGACAGCAGCACAGUCUGCUCUGGAGUGCCAGACUCGUGGGACUUCCCUGUGCUUUUCAUCCCUGUGUCACAUUUCCAGCAGCCCUGGAAUUGGUGUGUUCACCUGUAAAUAAACCCUUUGUUUUGUUUUUUUAA